GAACCGGGGCUGAAGUAACAGGCUGCUGCUUUUUUUUUUUUUUUUUUGGUCUUUUCUUUUUUUUUUCCUCUCGGACAACCCGGCAGAAACUUUCCUCCCGGCCUGUGCACGCUGAACUGUGACCGCUGCUGUGUGGGCUCUUUUUUCCUUCUGCACCGCCUCUCCUACUUUAUUUCUACGUGGGUGAGCUGAGCAGUGUCGUGGCACCUCCCCGCUCCUCCACAGAUCUGGUCGCCCCUCUUAGCACCAUGCGUUUUCUUGCGCUACUAUAGUUAGAGCAAGGAUCCCGAGUUUUUUUUCUCCUCUUCCCCCCCUCACUCUCUCCCUCUCUCUCUCCCUCUCGCUCCCUCUUCUUUGGUUUUUGGACUCCGGGGAACCGCGCGUCAUGCCGCGACACCUGAAGCGCACCCCGGUCCCGUUCCAGGACCGCAUGGUUCCUUUGUAACUGGAUCUACUUUUUUUUUUCUUCCCUUUUUUUUUCCUUUGAUUUGGAGGGAGAGGAGGGCAUGCUCUCCUCGUCUCUGGAGAGCACUUGCAAAGAGGAGAAGAAAGUCGAGAGAAGAGGGUGAGCAGCAGCGACAGACGGAGAGGGAGGGAUCAUCUCAGAGAGUCUGACUGACUUGUAGAUGUUCGAUCAGGCCACGACUAUGGGCGAUGGGAACCACCGCUGUGGACCCAACCCGCUGUGCCCGGACCGGAUGGAGACAAAGUGCCGCGCCGAGAUAGGGAGCCGGUCCCCGGUGCAGAGUUCCACCGACACCCCGGGGACGUCAGCGUCCACCCCGACGUCCUCCAGCGAAGACGGCCACGACAAACUUUUGGGAGUGGACCCUGACUACUGCCGGAGGAUAUUAGUGAGGGACGCCAAAGGCACAAUCCGGGAGAUCGUGCUGCCGAAAGGCCUCGACCUGGACCGGCCCAAGCGCACGCGGACCUCCUUCACGGCCGAGCAGCUGUACCGGCUGGAGCUCGAGUUCCAGCGGUGCCAGUACGUGGUGGGCCGUGAACGCACCGAGCUAGCAAGGCAGCUAAACCUCUCCGAGACACAGGUGAAGGUGUGGUUCCAAAACCGCCGGACCAAACAGAAGAAGGACACCACCAAGGAUUCGGACAAACGCUCCUCCUCCACCAACGAGUCACUGGCAACCUGCAACAUCCUGCGCCUCCUGGAGCAGGGCCGCCUCCUGUCGGGCCCUGCCCCGCCACCUAACUCCCUCCUGGGGCCUCCACACCCGGCACACAACGGCUCCCUGCUGAGCAGCCCGAGUGGAGGCUCCUCCACCUCCCCAGGCAUCAGCAGCAGCACCCCUCCCAGCUCCCUACCAGGGGGGACUUUCGGGCUGUCGCUGCCCUCGCUGGGCGGCACCCCGCCCUCACCGCGGCUGGGCGUCCCGCCACCACACUCCCUCUGCUUCUCCAUGCCGCUGCUGGGGGGCGCUCAUCAUGAACUGACCUCCACCUACGGGUGCGGUUCUUCAGCUUUUGAGCCGUACAUGCGGCUGGACAGGAAGGAGGCGGAUCUGGGAGGGAAGAAGACGGUUUCUUAAGUGACAUGUCCCUCUUUAAGGACACCAGGGGACUUUGCAAGCUUUUCUACUCGGCCGCCUGUUUGACACUCGAGCGGACGGAGAAACGAAGCACCCUGGAUCGUAAGAAAUGUGAAAAAGGUAGACACCAGGUCGGUCCCCUUGCGCCACCAUUUUGUGCCACAGCACCGUCGAGCACACUGACAACAAAUGGUGAAAAGGACGUGAUGUGACGGAGACUCUCCCACGUUAAAAAAAAAAAAAGAAAGAAAAAAACUUGUGAAUUUUUGCAGAAAUGCCGUGUGUGUAUGUUGUGUGAACCCUGACAGACAGAUGUUUUUAUCGCCACUCUCUUCGCAGUGGUUUUAAGUGACUCUUCACUUUUUUGUCCAGUGAGUUUGUGUGUGUGUGCUUUUUUCUCUCUAUACAGGCCUUCAUUUACUGUUCAGGAAAAAAAAAAAAUACUUGACAUGGAUAGUUCAGACCGAAUCAGCGUCUGAGUGACAUUUCAAUGACUGCAGUUUGUACACAUUUGGGUACAUAUUCCCGUUACAAGUGGCCAUGUUUGAUUUUAGUUAAUGUGCUUUCACGAUAUGGAAGAAACACUGAAAAAAAAAAAAGAAAAAAAAAAAAAAAGAAUCGUAGCAUUUUAAUAUCAGUCUGUUUGGUGUCCAGCAGUAGUUUUUUGUAAAUUCUUUAUUUGGUUGUGUUUGUGUAUGAAAUAAUAAUGUGGUUAGGAUCUGGACGAAAUGGUGCAAAAAUCACAUAUCUAGAUCCGUUAGUUUUUAAUAUAAAAGAACACGAGAAAAAAGAAAAGAGGAAUGGUUGUGUGAGAAAGCUGCCAAAGCUCUCCAGUGGAUUAAGCUUUGGAGGUGUCGCACUUGAGUCCUCCGAUCACUGAAGCCAGUCAAGGUCAAACGGAGGGGGGGGGGGCGACCUUUUGAACCGGGAUUAACUUUUCAACCUUUAGUUCACACAUGUCACAGUUUCCCUUUGAGUAGACCUCUAAGAGGGAGUUCAAAAAAGAGUUUUCAAACAACAUCUGGCCGAGAUUUUGAGCUAUUUUUUUUUCUUUAUUUACCGAAGCAGAUUUGAAGCAGUCGACCGGAGAUGAAAGUCGCUGUUCCGCACUUCAGUCGAUCUGGAAAUUUCUGUUUCGCGUCUUCUUUUUCAGUGUGUUUGGAACUAGAGCUGCAACAACAAAUCGAUUUACCGACUAGAAAAUGAUUCUGCGACAGUUUUGUUUAAUCGUUGUUUGUCAUUCUAGUCAAGUGGAAACACAAAACACUGUCUGCUUCCAGCUUCCAGAACAUUACAACAUUAUGUUUUUCAUUGUCGUAUGUGAACAGACUGAAAAUUACUUGCAACGUUAACCGAUAAUGAAAAUGACCGUUGGCUCGGCUGAGUCUUGUACCCCAUCACUGAAUCAUCAGCUCGUAUCCAUAAAUGCAGGAAAUUUUGAUAUAUUUCUACAAAACCCGUGACAACGUGUUGAAUCAAUGACUGGAAACUUGGUCUGCAACACAUCUGAUAAUGGGUUAAACAUGUUUCAGGUCAUUUUUAAAGCAAAAACCCCCAAUAUUUUCUAUUUAAAACUUUACAAUUUCCCGUUUGUCUUUAUGAUAUAUGACAACAAAUUAAUAGACGUCAUAAAAAUGAUUUGCUAAUGACUGAUAAUGAAACCGCUUCAGCCCUAGUUUAGACGAAACUGUAAUGCGAUGUAAAGCCACGACGGGCUGAAUCUGCCGCAAAUCGCUUUAAUCUCCAGGUCGUAUCCAUGCAAACAUGACAUUGUGAUAUAAUUUUACUAGUCCUGUUAACACUUGUUGAUUUAUUGAGACAUUUCUCAAGCAGAAAUACCAAACAUGAUCUGGUUCAAGCUUCUAAAACGUGGCAAUUCACUGGUUUUCAUCACAGCCUCGAUUAAUCGUGCACAGAACUGGCAGAUUAAUCGAUAACGAAACUGAUCGUUACGUUGUGGCCGUACCUAGGUCUGAAAAGGUCAUGUGAAAUUGACACCCGUAUGAUCUGCUGCUCUUUCUCCCCAAAUACUUUUAUUCCUCUUCCGAUUUUAAGUUGGUCACUUCAUGGUUUAACGAAAGAAACCGUUGCAUCAGGUCAUAUUCAUAAUCACAGAUGUAUUUUUACACAGGGAAACUUAACUGUUUGCAGACACUUAGGAUGCAAUAUGUUGCAGCAUCACAUGUGAAAUUUAGUCUUUUGAAUGAUAUUCUUUAUUUUUCUUUAAAUCUGUGUUUUGCUUCCCUGUUUGAUAAACCAAGUCCCUCCUUUUGGUCUUCACCUCGGCCUGUCUUCAAUGAAAAGAUCCCCUCUGCUUGCCCCUCAAUGAAAGCACUUUAUGUUUGUAGGUUUUUUUGUCACUUCCUCCUGUUUUUCCUCUCCUUAUGCUCUUGAGAACAGACUGAAAAACCUCCAAAUGUUAGCAGCGUUACCAAGAGUCAGUUUAUCCUUAUACAAGGUUUUUUUUUUUUAAAAUUAAGGCCCCUUUUUCAGCUAUAUCUUUAAUUGAUUGAUUUUAUGCUCACUUUGAGACAUCUCUCUGCGGUUGCUGAUUGACAAACAUAUGUUAAAAUUAUGCAGGACAGGCUGAAGGAGGAGAGAAAAAGCAUCAGCCGUCGCAGUUUUUCUCCACCCCCGCCCGAUGCCAUUUGUUCAGGUUUCCCUGCCGCCCAAACAAAAUCAAAACUCACCCGCGAGAACCUGCAAUUCUGCCACAGAUUGCCCUCAAUUUGCGCGUGUCAGAUGAGUUAUCACCCCUUUUUCAUAACUUGUAUCUCGCCUCUCAUUUCCGCCUCUUAUUUCCCCGUGUAUCUAUUCAUUUCUGCGUUUCGUCUCAUUGUCAGGUGUAAUGACGUUUUCCCCAUUCCUUUCUCUCGCGCUUUGCCGAAGGUGACACGACAUCUAUUAGAGGGAAAAACGGACACUCCCAUGACAUCAAUUUAAAAGAAAAAAAAAAAAAAGCUGCUCACGGGUAAAGGCCAGGUUGCGUCUGAAGCAGCCGAACAUGUUUCCAGCUGCAGAUUACAUUUCCCGCGGAGUGCGCCGGGAGGUUCUGACCUCUGAAAAACUCCCUCACCAGGCCUUUUUGCACCCGUGUAGCAACCGGUUGGUUGCGGGUGAUUUGUUGUUGUUGUGUUCAGACCCCGGCGGCGCUGCAGAAACCUCUGUCAUCCACUCAUGGCUCUUUGCAACGGUGCACCUGUGCUGUUGUUGAACACUGUAUUAUUUUCUAUAAGCACCAUUCAUAAUUCACACUCUGCGGCAUCAAAUAUUGAGCAGAGAGAUGGAGCUGAGAGGUCAGGAAGCCCGCUUCUUGUGUAAGACCCUCUCACAACCUCCUUUCUCACAACAGGGUCUUGUUGCUUUCCCGCUGUGUUGUGAGCACAACACUGCCUUUGCCCGCCUCUUUUAGCUGGAAUAUUUCCAUUUCUGUUGAAAGUUUCUGAGCUCGCAAAACUGCUGUUCGACCGAUUUUAGUCGAGCAGAAUUUCAGUUAUUUGUCGGAGGAAUACCGGAUGUUUGAAAAGCAGACAGCGCUCCACAUUUCCUUCGACACUCCGAGGCAACACUGGCUCCAUAUUCUGUCACUGUACGUUGGUGUUUCGUAAUGUAAAUGCAGUUACUGUAUUGUGAAGAGCUUGAGUGAACGAAGCGAGAUUCCUCUUCUCUUCCAGGCAACAGAGAGACGCUUUGUAAAGCCUUGCAUCAGACAAACAAAGCCUUUUCUUUCUAUUUUCUUUGGCUCUUCACCUUUGCUUUCUUUAUCUUCUUCAUAUUUCCAGGCAGUUUCUUUACUUCCCUCGCUGAGCGUUGCUUUGUGCAAUCUGCGACAUCUUGCACUUGUUAAGGCUACCGCGGUCUCAGCCACAUCAUGAUUUUCUUAAGAGUCCUUUUUGAGAUCAUGUUGAAAUGUUUCUUUAUUUUUGAAAAAAAAAAGAACAGAUUCUGCUUGUUUUUUUUUUUUUUUUUUUUUACAUUUUCUUUUAUGCACAGCCAAGGCCACGCAUAGGCCAUAACUUCUUUUCUUUGAGCAGUAAAAGCUACUUAAUGUCAAGCUAAUGGCACCAGCUACUACUUAUGAUGAACAAACUCUAUGUACAUAUAUAUAAAUUUAUAUAUGAAUAUAUAUAAAUGGGUCUUUGCACAAGUUAUCUCCAUGUCCGCUCCAUGUGAUUUUAACAGGAAAAACAAAAUGUCGAAGGAAGAUUCAGAAAAAAAGACUUUAUAUAUGCUUUACAAUUCUUUGUCUCAUUAACAUUUUGCACUUAUUUAAAGAGGCUUA